GGGUGUUGGUCCUGAUGAGUGUGUUGUGCGUGGGCGUGGUGAUGGUGCUGAUGACGAGGGCUGAAGGGAAGGUCUUCGACAUCACCACCAAGAACCUCGCCUCUAAAGUGUCCAUGUGGGCAAUUAAGACCUUAACGCAAGAGAGUUCUGAGUGGCUGCCCAAGAAGGACGGAGGCCGCCUUAUAGUAACCACGUGGCUCCUGGCCUCCUUAGUGUUCAUGUCCUCCUAUAGCGGCAUCCUGACGGCCAUGUUGACCCUCCCGCGGGUCACCAUCCCUAUAGACUCCCUGGCUGACCUGGUUGCACAGUCUGACCUGCCCUGGCGUCUCGAGCAGGGGUCGAUGAUUCAUAAGUUUCUCCUGGAGUCUGGAGACCCUGUAAGGCAGAAGGCUGUGAGGGGGACGUCCGGCACCUUCCCUGACUGUUGGUCGGCCCGUCAGGCCAUCGCCAGCGGGGAGUUUGCUGCCAUCUGUGACGAGACCACCAUGAAAAAGGCCAUGUCCUGGGACUUUAGCACAAGUGGGAAAUGUCACUUGUACAUAGGACGUGAGAAGGUCUUUACAAGCUCAAUGUUCGCCAUGGCCUUCAGAACCAACUCGUCCCUUCUUCCCAAAGCUAAUACGAUUAUCUAUAAGGUGAAGGAGGCAGGACUACUGGCCAAGUGGCUAAGGUCGGAGAUCACCAACACUUCACAGUGCCUCCGUCCUCCCUCCUCCGAUCGCCGGGACGGAAUCACCGCUCUUAACCUAGACGCCCUGUUGGGGCCCCUCUUCGUCCUCUCUGGGGGGAUGACACUUGGCCUGUUCGUCUUCCUCUGUGAACAUGGACGUUAUUGUAUGGUCAGCAGGUCCACCCAGUAGCCACCAGAACGCUUGCACGGCCUCGCCCCCUCCCCACCACAAAUACCACGUCGCUACACCCACACGCGUACCACAAACACCAUACCAACCAGACUACCACCAUCGCUACGCCCAUACACCUACGAAAAACAGUAACUACCACUAAACCAGCCAGCUAACGUACAACCAACGCUACGUCCACACACCUGAUAUAGCUGAACUUCCAUCAAGAUUUCAAAACCCGGUAUUAGAUCACUACUCAACUAUAAAACUACGAUGCGAUUCACUUCAAAACUAUAAUACAUAUAUUAAGGUUCCCAAAACUACGAUACAAUUUACUAUAAAACUAUAAUAAAUGUAUUAUGGGUGCUAUAAUACUAUACCAUUCCCCAUUAAUCUACAAUACAUGUAUUAAAAUCCGAGCCUGUAUACAGUAUAGGGAUAUCAGAAUACUGCAACAUUAAUCCAAUCUCUACAAACUGUUCCUGUACGAUACCAUUAUCCGCACAAACAAGUUACAAUAAUAUAACUAUGGUACCGUUGAAUACGAAACUACAAUAGUUGAAAUAAUAAUUCCAUAGCGACUAUUCUCCUGCAAAAUUACGAAUGCUGUACUUUAUGACACGAUACCUACCCAUAAAGAAUGACAACAAUUACGCCAGAACUUAAAAUUUUUCUAUAAAAUAAACCACAAUUAGCUGUACCAUGUUCACAAAAAUCGAAAUACAAUAGCCGUAUCAAAGGUCUAUAUUUUGAAAUAAUUUAUCUGUAAAAACACACACUAUAGCUUUCUUUAAUUACACAUUGUCAGAUAUCACUUCUCACAAUAUCAUAAUAACUGUAUCGUUUCUCAACAGUAAUAAAAUAGAUAAAUAAACCAAUCCCACAACUUGGUAUAACUCCUUUUCAAAACUACAAUAUAUGAUUUAUACAUCGAUAAAUUGAUAGUUUCAUUGUAAAAAAAAUACAAUACAAACAAUCCACAAUCGCCUAUCACUGUUUAUGAUAAUUACAAUAAAUACAUCAAAUGCCUAUA